UCAGUUAAAGUCUUUUGACUGUUUUUGUUUACAAUUGACUUUCUUUUCUCUUGUUUUCUUUAUUUUUUGUUAUGGUCACUUUUCGAUUAUUAUGGUGAUGAAAAAUGAUCGACAAACACAAUCGCUGCUUCGGUGGAUUAUGGUUUGUUCGCGAUGUCUGUGGAAUCAUUUGUUCUUUUUUUACCUGGUUAUUAAUAGUAUUUGGUGAAUUUGUCGUCAUGAGAUAUAUCCUGUUACCAGAAGAAGAGAGUUACUAUAAAUUUCUCAAUUUAUUUAUCUUUCAAGUUCUUGCCUUUCUUGCUGUUUCUAGUCACCUGAGGACUAUGUUCACCGAUCCAGGAGCUGUUCCCAGAGGAACAGCAACAAAAGAAGCAAUUGAGUCACUAGGUCUCAGUGAAGGUCAAGUCUUGUACAAAUGUCAAAAAUGUUGCAGCAUAAAACCCGAACGAGCUCAUCACUGUUCAGUUUGUCAACGUUGUAUCAGGAAGAUGGAUCAUCAUUGUCCUUGGGUCAACAAUUGUGUUGGAUUAAAUAAUCAAAAGUUUUUUGUUCUAUUCACAUUCUAUAUCGCUCUAAUCUCUUGUCAUGCCUUAUUCCUUGUCGUUGUUCAUUUUGUUAAAUGCAUUGAAUCCGAUUGGAAACAAUGUGGACCUAAACAAGUUGGUCAUGUUAAUCCUAAUCCAAUGACGAUCGUCCUCUUGGUUUGCCUUAUGUUUGAAGCACUACUAUUUGCUAUAUUUACUUUUAUCAUGUUUGGAGUACAAAUUCAAAGUAUUUACAACAACGAAACUGGAAUCGAAUCAUUGAAAGAGAAAAAAACUUGGAGGAAAAGGUCACUAAAAGGUUUUCGUGAUGUUUUCGGUAAAGGUUUCAGCAUAACCUGGUUAUCUCCUUUUACUCAACCGAUAAUCGGUGGAAAAGUGGAGAGUAAUUUUUCUUAUAGUGUUUAAUUGUAAUAAUCAACAUCGAAUGAAUCUCUUCUCGAACCAGAAAUUCAAAUACCAACAACAACAACUUUCGAUUGGUACUAGUUAUUCAUCAUGAUAAUUGUAUUAAUAUGAUAUCAGCACAAUCAAUUGUAUUAUAUUCAUGUAUCAAUUAAUCAGAGUAUUCACCGAAAUGAAACAAUUUCAUUAAUAUGAAUGACCAGAAAAUCUGUUUAAUCUACCGAUUGGUACAUUUUUUGUCUAUUUAAUUUCAAACUUAAUUGCUUUCUCUAUGUAAUUGUAAUCAUAAAGUUGAGUAAUUAACAAUCUGAUCCCAGUGA